AUGAGAAACCACACGUCAGUAGUCAGUUUCAUCCUCUUGGGAUUAACAGAUGACCUGCACACGCAGACUUUCAUUUUCGUAUUUCUGCUCAUCACCUACAUGUUGAGUGUGACUGGAAACCUCCUCAUCAUCACCCUCAUAGCAGUGGAUUCUCAUCUUAAAACUGCGAUGUACUUUUUCCUCCAAAAUUUUUCCUUCUUAGAGAUCUCAUUCACUUCUGCCUGCAUUCCGAGAUUCUUGUACAGUAUAUCAACAGGUGACAGGACCAUUAGCUAUAAUGCUUGUGUAUCCCAACUAUUUGUUACAUAUAUGUUUGGAAUAACAGAGUUUUUUCUCUUGGCCACCAUGUCCUAUGACCGCUAUGUAGCCAUCUGCAAGCCCCUGCAUUACGUGAGCAUCAUGAACCAGAGGGUCUGCAGAAUGCUGAUCUUCUGCUGCUGGAUGACCACUUUCUUGAUCGUUUUUCCACCAUUUUGCUUGGGACUGGACCUGGAGUUCUGUGACUCUGUCAUUGACCACUUUUUCUGUGAUGUUAAUCCACUCCUGAAGAUCUUAUGCUCAGAUACAUGGUUCAUCGAGGAGAUGACUCUUGUUGGCUCUGUGUUGAUCUUUAUUCUGACUCUUAUGUGUAUGGUCUUGUCCUACAUGUUUAUCAUCAGAACAAUUCUAAGAUUCCCCUCUGCCCAGCAAAGGACAAAAGCCUUUUCCACGUGUUCUUCCCACUUUAUUGUGGUUUCUAUCACCUAUGGCAGCUGCAUCUUUGUCUAUAUCAAACCUUCAUCCAAAGACGAAAUGACCAUUAAUAAGGGAGUAUUAAUAAUCACUACUUCCAUUUCCCCCAUGUUAAACCCAUUUAUUUAUACUCUGAGGAACAAGCAAGUGAAACAAGCCUUUAAUGACUUAGUCAAAAGAAUUUUAUUGCUCUCAAAGAACUAG